AUGGCCCGCCGCACCGUCGACGUCCUCGCGCUCAUCGCCCUCCUCCUUCUCACGGCGUGCAGCCCCGUCCUCUCAGCCGCCCUCCCAGCCUGCAAACCCCCCUUCCCAAACACAACCUGCGAAGCCCUGGAAACGUCCUCCGGCGACCCAAAAGCCCUCUACCUCUCCACACUCUUUGAGAAGACCGUCAACACCGGCCCCGCAGGCCAACACGCACGGAAUAGCACCAUGGCAACCCCAUGCCCCACCCUCCUCUGCGACGCCGACUCGGCAAUCUUCUCGGGCAAGUCGACGGACCCCUCGGCCCCGGAAACAGCAGACUGCGCCCUCCUCGAGACGUGGGCGGCCGAGUCGAGCGGCCACUGGCUGCUCUCCGCGGCAGGGGCGGGCGUGGGCUGGACGCCGCUCGUCGCGACGGGGACGUGUGCCGUCGUCGCGCGCGCCGAGGCCGCUUUCGCCAUCGGCACGGAGGACAUCGCGGACUUGCUCGGGACGAGUAUUCGGGACUACGGCAUGGGGGAUCGGGUCGAGGUGCUGGGAGUUAUGCCCUGUGCUGCAGCUCGCGGGUUUGCUGCUAGCAGGGGAGAAAAGGGACGCAAUAUUAAGAUGGAGUGGUGGAUCGUGCGGCCUGACAUGGUGGAAAGCCUCUAG